AUGGGUGAUGCGUCUUGCCCACCAGAACUCGUUGCAGGGGUGGCACCUAUGGGAGGAGAGGAGUUGUCGUCGUCGUCCACUGUGCUGCCGAUCAGAGUCUUAACUCAUAACAUCCGCUUUGCAACCGACACGCCAGACGAAAGCGAGAAGCUGUGGCCAGACCGCUUCCCCCACCUCUCGAGCCACUUCAAGUACCACACGCGUCCGCAUUUCGCUCCCCAGUCGACGCUGGUUUGUAUGCAAGAGGUGCUCCACGGUCCGCUGUUGGACCUGCACAGUCGGACGUUUAAUACUUCGACGACAGCGGCGUCGUCACAAUCCUCGAGCGCCGACAACGACUGGACCUACGUUGGGGUCGGUCGCAACGACGGCAAAACGAAAGGGGAGUAUAGUCCCAUCUUCUUCCGCCAGUCCGCCUGGAAAUGUAUCCAUUCUGAAACAGUCUGGCUCAACGAGACGGGCGAAGUGGGCAAGAAGGGCUGGGAUGCGGACAGCGUCCGCAUUCUGACGUGCGCCGUGCUGGAAUCGGUCCUCGUCAGCAACACCACAGCCCACCACCGAGCUUCGACGACCACGACAACAUCGACACAUGCCCCACCUGCCUUGGGAGGACGAGGACAAAACCAGGUCACCCUGGCCAUGAACACCCACCUCGACCAUGAAGGCAAGAUAUCCCGGCGCGAAUCCGCCAAACUAAUCCUCCGGGUCGCCCACCGGCUGCGAUCACAGUACAGCCCGACCUUCACCUUCCUGACGGGCGACCUGAAUAGCCACCCGGACGGCGACGCGUACCAGAUCCUCAACGCGCCCGGCUCCGGCUUCGUGGACACGCGCCGCCUCGUCGGCGCCGACCACAACGCGGACGGCAAGAUCUACGCGUACGGGAACGAACUCACCUUCACGGGGUUCCCCGCCGAUCCCGCCGCCGAGGGCCGGGAACGCAUCGACUUUGUGCAUCUGGGGAUUCCUGCCGAGGCGGACCAGAGGGAACAAGAACAACAACAACGACAACGACAAUCUCACGACCAAGCCAAGGAAAUGGUGCAGGCGUACGCGGUCCUGCCAAACCGGUUCGAUGACAAGGUGUGGCUGAGCGACCACCGCGGCGUCGUCGUGGACUUGCUCGUGAAAUUCUAA